AUGUUACGCAAUAUGAUGAACAUUUCAAGCCGUGCUUUGGCUUCAUCGCGCUCUUUGCGACCAGUCGCGACCACGAAUGGUUGGCGUUUGUUGACCACAUCGGCCCGCACACUCGCGAAGCCAUCGGGUCCCUCUCCAAAUGACUCUUUUGCCAACACGACAAACGCUUAUUAUGCUGAAGAAAUGCAUCGUCGAUGGCUGGAGGACCCGAAGUCGGUGCAUAGCAGCUGGGAUGCGUACUUUAAGGGCUUGAAUAAUGGCUUGCCUAGUCAGCAGGCUUUCACGCCAGCGCCAAGCCAGCUCCCUCCUUCAUCAGCGACCUUGAAAAGCCAUGUACACCCAGCUAACGAUUAUCUGAAGCUUCAGCUUCUUGUCCGUGCGUACCAGGUCCAGGGACACAUUAUCUCUAAACUUGACCCGCUUAAGAUCAUCGAUUCAGAACGCGAGGGCCACAUGCCCCAGGAAAUGAACCCUAGUUUCUACGGUUGGUCUGAAUCUGAUCUCGACAAGGAGAUGCAGCUUGGCCCUGGCCUGCUGCCCAACUUUGUCACUAACGGUAUCGAGAAGCUUACGAUCCGCGAGGUUAUUCAAGCUUGCGAGCGUAUCUAUGGAGGUUCGAUUGGCUACCAGUAUGUUCAUGUUCCCGAUCGAAACAUGUGUGACUGGCUGCGUCAGCGCAUCGAGGUGCCUACGCCUUACUCGUACUCGCGUGACCAGAAGCGCCGCAUUUUCGACCGUCUUGCAUGGUCUGACUCGUUUGAGCGAUUUAUUGCAUCUAAGUAUCCAAACGAGAAGCGCUUUGGUCUUGAGGGUGGUGAAUCGCUUAUUCCUGGUAUCAAGACGAUCAUUGAUCGUGCAGUUGAUUAUGGUGUUAGUUCCAUCACUAUGGGUAUGCCGCACCGUGGUCGCCUGAAUGUACUGGGUAACGUCAUUCGCCGUCCCAUUGAGGGCAUUCUGCAUCAAUUUGCAGACAACUCCAACGAAGAGGGCGGUGGUGAUGUCAAAUAUCACCUAGGUGCCAACUAUAUUCGACCCACGCCAAGUGGCUCGAAGGUGGCUUUAUCUCUGGUUGCUAACCCAUCGCACUUGGAGGCUGAAGACCCUGUUGUGCUGGGUAAGACUCGAGCUCUCCAGGACUUUGCCGGCGACCAUGAACACACCAGCUCCAUGGCUUUGCUCUUGCACGGUGACGCUGCCUUUGCUGGUCAAGGUGUUGUAUACGAGACGAUGGGUAUGUACAAUCUUCCAAAAUAUGCCACUGGUGGUACGAUUCACAUCAUCGUGAACAACCAAAUUGGCUUCACGACAGACCCUCGUUUCUCCCGUUCGACGCCCUACCCAUCAGAUAUUGCCAAGGCCAUUGAUGCACCGAUUUUCCACGUCAACGGUGAUGACGUUGAAGCUGUAAACUUUGUUUGCCAGUUGGCCGUUGACUGGCGCCAUGAGUUUAAGAAGGAUGUGGUCAUUGACCUUGUUUGCUAUCGUCGUCAUGGCCACAACGAAAUUGACCAGCCGGCCUUCACUCAGCCACGUAUGUACAAAGCUAUCGAAAACCAGAAGCCCACGCUCGAGCAAUACUCCAAGCGCCUAGUGGAUGAGGGAUCGCUUUCUCAAAAGGAAAUAGACGACCAUCUUCAAUGGGUUUGGAACUUGCUUCAGGAGAUGUUUGAAAAGAGCAAGACUUUUGAACCGGAGGAGCGCCAAUGGCUCUCAAGUGCUUGGGAAGGCUUCCCGUCGCCUAGGGAGCUGAAGGAACGUGUUCUUGAGCAGCACGACACUGGUGUGGAUGAGGACCGUCUCAAAUACAUUGGCACUGUCUCUGCUUCGCACCCUGACGAUUUUGUGGUGCAUCGCAAUCUUGCGCGUAUCCUUAAGGGUCGCAAGAAGGCCAUUGAUGAUGGUGAAGGUAUCGAUAUGAGCACGGCCGAGGCCCUGGCCUUUGGUUCGCUGGCUAUGGAGAAGAACCUAGUACGUGUUGCAGGUCAGGAUGUGGAGCGUGGUACAUUCUCUCAACGCCAUGCCGUUCUACACGAUCAGAAGAGCGAGCGUACCUACACGCCUCUAGCGCACUUGUCGGAAGAUCAGGCUCCAUUCACGAUCUGUAACAGUUCUCUCUCUGAAUUUGGCGCCCUCGGUUUUGAGCUUGGUUUCUCGCUGGUGGACCCUAACAACCUCACUAUAUGGGAGGCGCAGUUUGGUGACUUUGCUAACAAUGCUCAGUGCAUUAUUGAUCAGUUCAUCGCCUCUGGUGAACAAAAAUGGCUGCAGCGCACGGGUCUAGUAAUGAACUUGCCUCAUGGUUACGAUGGUCAGGGCCCAGAGCAUUCGAGUGCACGUAUCGAACGCUUCCUUCAGCUGUGCGAUGACCAUCCGUACCGCUUCCCCACAAAGGAGCAGCUUUCUCGUCAGCACCAGGAUGCCAAUAUGGCCGUCGUUUACUGCACGACGCCUGCUAACUUGUUCCAUGUCCUUCGUCGUCAGGUCCACCGUGAUUUCCGUAAGCCGUUGAUCAACUUGUUCAGUAAGUCUCUCUUGCGUCAUCCCGAAGCCCGUUCCACACUUGCUGAAAUGCUUCCUGGUACGUCGUUCCAGCGCUACAUCCCUGAACCGCACGCUACGGAGGGUAAAGAUGCAUUGGUUGCACCAGAGCAAAUCUCGCGCCACAUUAUCACUGUGGGUCAAGCAUACUAUGCAUUGCUUAACUACCGCCGAGAGCACAAGAUCAAUGAUGUGGCAAUUUCACGCAUUGAACAGAUUUCGCCGCUGGACUAUGAGUCUUUGCUUGAGAGCAUUGACAAGUACCCUAACGCCCUUCUCUUAUUUGCGCAGGAGGAGCCCGUCAACGGUGGCGCUUGGUCUUAUUUGGAACCACGUCUGCGAAGAAUCUGCAUGAAAUCGGAACACCACAAGGACAAUGAGUUCCUUGUGUCAGCUCGUCCUCCUACGAGCUCAGUGGCCACGGGUCAUAAGGCGGCCCACAUUGCCGAAGUAAAGAAUUACCUUCACAACGCUUUUCACAAGCAACGAGGUGGUGAGGAUGAAGUAGCAAGUUCCUAG